GGGGAUGGUGCAGAGGGUUUAGGCGCUUCCCGCCCUUACAGUAACUCUGGAAGAAGAAACGAAAACAAACUGGAUUUCUCCCCACCCCCCCCCAGUAUAUUUCCAGUUGCUUCAAUAUCAGCAGCAAACGUGAACUCAAGAAUUGAAUGAAUACUUGUAAAACGUAGCAUGGAUACAGUGACGGUGCUUUAUUUCUCUGUGACAGGGAAGGUCCUGCCCUCGAUUAGCGUAACUCCUUUUUAUUGGGAGUUGAGAAAGCAGAGCAGUGUUAUCUGGCAGGAGUCAAAAUAAGGAAUGUAACCUUUUCAACCCCCCCCCUCCAUCCCCCCAGUCCCUCUUUUCAGUGCUUUGUCUCAUGGAGCACCAACCACAUACACUGUUAACGUUAAGAAAUUUUAACUCUGUUGGAUGAUAUCUGUACAGCCUGUAGAGAAAUGCUUGUCUCCUUCAGCGAGGGUUAUUGAGUUUUCACAUUGGGCAAGUUAUUUCUAACUUGAAAUUUUGAGCCUGGAUAAUUGACAUAAAAUAUUUUUUGAAGGCCCUUGCUAGCAGCUGCAGAGUAAUGCACUUGACUGUGGACAGAAAAAAAUCACCAAAUUCUUGUGUCUUUACACUAUAUAACCAAAGCUAACUUAUGGCAAAUAGGGUGUACAUUGCCUUUUGUCAACCUGUUUGUGCAUGUGUCUACACUCAGAUUUGUCUCUGGCAGACAUAAGCACCUAACUAUUGCAAUGCAGUAAAGUCACCUGCCUGAACACUGGAGAAAUGGGUGAUCUACUGAGUGUGCAUGUAGAUGCUGCAUGAUGUGUAUUGACCCUAACAGUGCUCCAGGAGCUGUCCCAUAAUGCCUUGUUUGCUGCAACAGUCACAGCUCUUGUAACAGCUGUAAAUUCCACUGCCCAGGGGUCACAGUGACUGAAAACCCCACCUCCUUUGAAGUCACCUAUGUAUUUUUGAAAUGCCUUUUCCUGAUUGUCUACCUUGGUGAACAUGUCUGGGAACUCUCCCUUGUUGUUAUGUGUAACUAGCCAGCCGACCAGAUUGGCUCAACACACCAGACAUGCUCUUGCCUGCAGUAUACAAGAGAUUUUGGGUCUCAUGGGACUAUAGGGAGAAGAGGCCAUGCAAGCAAAGCUAUGGACCACCUGUAGAAAUGUGGACAUCUAUGAGCAAAUUGCAUGGGGAGUGCAGGCAAAGGGAUGCAACAGGAAUCAGAAAUAGUGCUGAAGGAAGUGCAGCUGGCAUGCUAUGAGACAAGGGAGGCCAAUAAUCAAUCUAGUGGUGAGCUGCUGAUCCGCUUUUAAAACAAACUGUGUGCCAUAUUUGACACGGGCCCCACCAGCACUCUGCAAACCACCGUGGAUACCUUGCAGGAGCCUGAGAUGUAGACCCCUGCCGUGAACAGGGAAGAGGAGGAGAGGGGGGAUGGGGGAGGGAGUCCAACCAUACAACAGAUCAAGACCUGUCUGAGACUCCACCAUGGUCUAGUCAGCCCUGGCAGCCAAAUAUGGAUGAGCCCAAAGAAGAGGAAGGGACCUUGGGAAGAGAUGGAGGUACAACAAAUAGAGGUGGUAUCUGCGUUUCGUUCCCCCACUGAAUUGGACAUGGAGAGGGCCACGCGGAGCAGUUUGUUUAUGUACAGAAGAAUGUCCCUUGUAUCCUCCUGAGAGAUCUCAGUGAAACUUUCAUGGUGUUACUCCGCAAUCCUCUCCUGAAGGCUUCUAGGGAUGGCUGCCUUAUUUCUUCUUCCGCAGAAGAUACUUUCCCACACCUCACCAUGCAGCUGCCAUUGUGGCUUUGAGGGGUGCCCCUUGCACACCUGCAGAACACCUGAUCCUGAAGAGGAGAAAGAAGAGGAUUAGUUCAGCAAGAUCUUGCAAGCUAUUGCUGCUUCGGGUUCUGAAGAAAGGUCCUGGAGACCAGCGUGACACAUGUUAUGGAGAAUGAAAAAGGAGACGGGGAAGGCUAGGAUUCCCAGCAGGAAGGGGAAAGGGAGAUGCACCAAGACAUAAUGGAGCUUCUCAGGCAGCAAACUCAAAUGCUGCAGAUGCUGGUUGACCUACAGGCCCCAAAAUCUGACUCCCCGCACUUUACAGUCCUUAGAGAGGUCUGUAGAAGCAGCCCUGACACUCCAAAGCAUAUCAUGUGGCAUCACAGGCCACAUCCUAAUCCCUAUAAUUCCUCAUUGUGUGACUGCAAAGAAAACCACUGCUUAACACACACCAUAUAGGUAUCUCACAUUACAAAAUGGCUUGUGUGCACUACUGAUUUCGGAUGCAAAUAACAUGGAUAGUGUUCUUUCGGAGGAGUCUUCGGAAUGGGAGGAUAAUGAUGAGACCGAGAUUGAAACUGAUGAAGAUGAUGACUCGGGAGCAGAGAUGGAUGAGGACAAGGAAAAUUAUGAGGAUGAUGACAAUGAUGGAGAUGAUGAGGAGGAUCCCAAUAAUUCUGAUGAUAUGGAAAUGGAAGAACUAACAGGAAAGGAAGAAGCAAAGAAGGGAAAUGGUACAGAGAAGCUGUCUGCAGCUGCUCUUUGUGUUGCUGUUGGCAGUUUCUGUGAUCCUGAGGAUCUGCCUGGGUUGGCACAUUUUCUGGAGCACAUGGUAUUUAUGGGCAGUUUGAAGUAUCCAGAUGAGAAUGGGUUUGACGCUUUCCUGAAGAAACAUGGGGGCAGUGACAAUGCUUCAACUGACUGUGAACGGACAGUCUUCCAUUUUGAUAUCCAGCAGAAAUACUUCAAAGAAGCACUUGAUAGGUGGGCACAGUUCUUCAUUCACCCACUAAUGAUUAGGGAUGCUAUUGAUCGUGAAGUUGAGGCUGUUGAUAGUGAAUAUCAACUAGCAAGGCCCUCUGAUGCAAACAGGAGGGAGCUGCUACUUGGAAGCCUUGCCAGACCUGGGCAUCCAAUGAAGAAGUUUUUCUGGGGUAAUGCAGAGACACUAAAGCAUGAGCCUAAAAAGAGUAAUACUGAUAUCUACACCAGACUGAGGGAUUUUUGGCAGCACUAUUACUCUGCUCACUAUAUGAACCUAGUUGUCCAGUCUAAAGAAACUUUGGACACUUUGGAGAAGUGGGUGAAGGAAAUCUUUUCACAGAUUCCAAAUAAUGGUUUACCCAAACCAAACUUUGGCCAUCUGACACAGCCUUUUGACACACCCGAAUUUUACAAGCUUUACAGAGUUGUUCCAAUCAGAAAUGUUCAUUCACUGAGCAUUGCCUGGGGACUACCACCACAGGAGAGACAUUACCGGGUGAAGCCACUUCACUAUAUCUCCUGGCUGGUAGGACAUGAAGGCAAAGGCAGUGUUCUUUCCUUUCUUCGGAAAAAAUUUUGGGCUCUUGCGUUAUAUGGGGGAAAUGGUGAGACAGGAUUUGAACAGAACUCCACCUACUCUAUAUUCAGCAUUUCUGUGACUUUGACUGAUGAAGGUUACGAGCACUUCUAUGAGGUUGCACAUGUUGUAUUCCAGUAUCUGAAAAUGUUGCAGAAAAGAGGGCCAGAUAAAAGAAUUUGGGAAGAGAUUCAGAAGAUUGAAGCUAAUGAAUUUUAUUUCCAGGAUCAGGCUGAUCCAAUUGAUUAUGUUGAAAGUCUUUGUGAGAACAUACAUAUCUUUUGUAAGGAGGACUUUUUGACAGGUGAUCAGCUUCUGCUUGAAUACAAGCCUGAAAUCAUUGCUGAUGUCCUUAACCAGCUCUGCCCUGUGAGAGCAAACCUUGUUCUGUUGUCUGCUGCCAGUAAAAGAAAAUGUCAUCUAAAGGAGAGAUGGUUUGGGACACAGUACAGUGCGGAAGAUAUUGACAAAUAUUGGCGUGAUUUAUGGGCCAGUGACUUUCCGUUAAAUCAGGACUUGCACUUACCUGAAGAAAACAAAUAUAUAGCCACUGACUUCGCUCUGAAGGCAUCUGAUUGCUCUGACACGAAGCACCCAGUCAGAAUUCUGAGCACACACCACGGCUGUGUGUGGUACAAGAAGGACAAUAAAUUCAAAAUCCCCAAAGCUUACAUACAUUUCCAUCUGAUCUCCCCACUGAUACAGCAGUCUGCAAAAAGUGUGGUACUUUUUGAGACUUUUGUAAAUAUCCUUUCUCACAAACUUGCUGAACCGGCAUAUGAAGCUGAUGUUGCUCAGUUGGAAUAUAAACUGGUAUCUGGAGAGCAUGGUUUGGUCAUUCGAGUGAAAGGAUUCAAUCAUAAACUACCUCUGCUAUUUCAGCUCAUCAUUGACCAGUUGUCUGACUUCAGUUUUACUCCAGCGGUUUUUGAGAUGAUAACAGAGCAGCUAAAAAAGACUUACUUUAAUAUUCUGAUCAAGCCAGAGAUGCUGGCCAAAGAUGUGCGUUCUUUAAUUUUGGAGCAUGGCAAGUGGUCUAUGAUAGAUAGAUACAGGAGAUUAAUGAAGGGCCUUUACACUGAGUCGCUCUCGUCCUUUGUUAAGGGCUUCAAAUCACAUCUAUAUGUGGAGGGGCUAGUGCAAGGAAACGUCACAAGCAGAGAAUCAAAGGAUUUUCUGAAUUAUGUUGUUCUAAAACUGCAGUUCCUUCCCUUGCCACACCCAUGUCCUGUUCAAUUUCGGGUGGUAGACCUGCCAAACACACACCUACUCUGCAAGGUGAAAACCCUUAACAGAGGUGAUGCCAACUCUGAAGUGACAGUGUAUUAUCAGUCUGGGGCUAGGAGUUUAAGAGAAUACACCCUUAUGGAGCUGCUUGUGAUGCACAUGGAGGAGCCUUGCUUCAACUUCCUGCGAACCAAGCAAACCCUUGGCUACCAUGUGUACCCUACAUGUAGAAAUACAUCUGGGAUUCUUGGGUUCUCUGUUACCGUAACCACACAAGCAACCAAGAACAACUCUGAAUUAGUUGACAAGAAAAUAGAAGAAUUUCUUUUGUACUUUGAGGGAAGAAUGAGGCUUUUAACUGAAAAAGCAUUCAGGACUCAGGUCAGUGCUCUAAUACAUAUUAAAGAAUGUGAAGAUUCCUAUCUUGGAGAAGAGGUGGAUAGAAAUUGGAAUGAAAUAAUGACUCAGCAAUAUCUUUUUGACAGACUUGCCCAUGAGGUUGAAGCACUACAAUCACUAACUAAGUCAGACCUAGUUGACUGGUUCCAAGCUCAUAGAGGCAAAGAGAGGAAAGCACUCAGUAUACAUGUGGUUGGAUUUGGUGAACAAGAAAGCGACUCAGAUGUUCAACAGUCCGUACUUGGUGAAAUAUAUCAACUCACAUUCUUACCCCCUUCCUCCUAUAUGAAGAAUACCAGUUACAUCAGGGACAUUAGAAAUUUCACAUUAAUGCUUAACCUCCUCCCUUACCACAAGAUAUUAAAAUAAAUUAUAGUUGUUUUCCCCUGCAUUUAAGUGUAGUUUAAGUAAUUUUCAGUUUGAGAACACUGUGAAUCAUUUAGCCUCACUAAAUGAAUUUGUAUUGUCAGCAGCGGUAGAUGAGUUCCUCCCUUAUUUUAAUGAAGAUUUGAAGCAUUGUACAUCCACUUCGCUCUCUCCCACUCCUCUGAAAUCUGAAACAAAUUUAUUUUUAACAGUUGUUAAUGGAAAGUAUAACUCCUGUCCCCAUUCUUAACAUACUUCAAGUCAUUUUCCCUCCCUUGUUUUUUAUUGUGUUCUUAUUGUGGUCAAUACAACAUGCUAUGUAAACUUAAAACAUUAAUAAUCUAGUCUUUAUAUUUUAGACACACUGUUUCAGAGAUCUCUUUGAACUCUUCAUUACUCUGCAAAGGCAUUUGUAAGAGCCUUAAAGAGAUACUGCACCGUAUCAGCAAAUUUCCGUACUUAAAACUGGCCUUCAAACAGUUUUUUAACCAGUGGGCUAUCUCACAGUCCAGAAUAGCCUCCAUCUACUCUUGCACUAGCCAUACACCCAACACAUCCUGGCACCAGUGGCUGCACAGGAGGGCAGCAUAGGACCAUCUACGCUGCUGGAGCAAUUCCCCAGGGGGCAUUUUGGCCGCCAUUAUGCUAUGAGAGCAGCAUAAAGGGAUCAUAAUGGCACCUUGUGAAAUAAUUUUUAUCUGUGCAAAGGGAUUGCAAAGUAAAUGUAAAAUGCUACAGAUCAGAAUGGUAGCAUACUACAUUCACUUUGCAUAGGGGAGACUACACAAUGUGCCAGGCAGCAAAGAAACAGGCCCUAAGCAUUUAAAUCAUAGUUACAGCUUUAUUUUCUAGUUUCGAAAUGAUAGAAUGACUUAUCUGAUUUCAUGCCAUCUGUGGGAUUAGCAAAACCAGAGAGACUAAUAAACAACAAACAUGACAAAUUAAUAAUGCAGAAGUAAUGUGCAGACAAUUCAGGAGGUCAGGCUGUUAAAGGCAGGGGACGAAUGACUGUCAUUGCUAACAGCUCAUAAAUAGACUGAUGUUAGCUCUAACACAGAUUGUCAUCCAAUUGUUUCAGUGUACAGUUGACUACAAAAAUUUUCACACUCCACCUAACCUUUUUAUUGUAGGAAACUCCCGACCAUCAAAACUCACUAUCCAUUACAUAAACCCAUUAGCCUUCCUCCUGCUGUUUAUCUUAUCAGCACUGAACUCACCGUUCAGAUCAGGUUCAGUGUUUAGACCAAAAUUAUACCCGGAAAUGCCAACAGUUUGAAGAGACCUCUGGAUUAUAUGAGAAAAAUGUAUAGGGUCAGCGAUUUUUCACUUAGCUGGCACUAAUUGUCUCUUUUUUGGUCGCACUUUCAGCAAAGGCCAGAGACUGAAUGAGUCAUGAAAUAGACUAUCAGUUCAUCCCUAGAGGUGUUUCUUCCCCGUAGUAUAGGGAAGCUGUAUGUUUCAGUUGUAUAGCUCCACAUAAACCUGUGGUCCUUAGACAAGGAUGUGGAAAUACUGAACCAACCUAGAGUUAGGGAAAACAUUUUAGCUCCCACCUUUCCCCAAUGAUGUAUGAUCCAGCAAUAUAACUGGGUAAAUGUUGCCAUUUGUCCUGUCAAAUUACCAAGGAUAUUUGCUUCCUUAAAUAACUCUGACUCCUAUCUCAGUAUAAAUAUUGUUGCCUUAACAGCUCUUAAAAUGUUACAUUAUUUUCAGCCCCAUCGCCCCUCCCCCCAUAGGUUUAAGGCACCCUUUGUAAAUAGCUGGCUCUGUGAAGCAGAGAGAGAAUGCUCUUUCAUUGCUGUGUACAGUGAGUGUGAAUUGAUGCAUUAAGCCACGUUAAAGGUUUUUUUGUUUGUUUCUAAUCAAAUUUCAGUAUUCUUCAACUCUCAUUUGAUACCUGGCUAGCCAUUACCCCAUAUAGGCUCCAGAUCUCAGAACAUUCCUCAGUCUAUAGCCUCUUGCUUUCUUCUGGCGGAUGCUGCUACCAAUUUCUAAUCCAAAACCUUAAAUCUUAAUCCUUCGGUCAGUAUCCCUUCCUUCUGGAGAAAUGGGUGGGACUUUUUUUUCUGUUUCUGAAUAUUUACUGACUGGCCAGAGAUUAUAUUCAAUCAUAAUUGCUAUAAUGAAACUAAAAGCAACAGUUCAAUUAUUCAUAUCUACUUGUUUGAGCAUUUAGUAUGGGGGGCUCUGAUUAUGAUUGGGGUUCCUGUGCAAAGCAGCAGCAAUAUAGCUAGGAGGAGACUGUCCAUCCCUCCAUGGUUUACUAAGCUCCCACUGGCCCAAGACAGGUGACUGCCAGGCCUGGAAUGUAAAUCAGUGUUCCUAAGGCAGCGCAUUGCAUAUGGGUUUGAUGUCAGUGGGUGGUCCAAAGGUCUGCCAUGUGGAUUGUAGAAUUGGGGUCUUGGUGUAGAACUUUUAAUUGAUAUUUUGUGGUGUACAACUUUUGCAUGUUUUCUUGUUGAUCUGAUUGCUCCUACAGUUCCUUUCUAAUGAUCACUGUUGACUCCUGUGUUGUUUGUUUUUUGCUGUCUUUAAGGUUAACAGUAAAUUACAAUGCUUUCAACUAGCCAGGAAGACAAAAUUCACCCCUCUGUGGAGAACCCCUCUCAAAACAUAUGCACCAGUUAAGUUCUCAAGUAGGCCCUUGUGCGUAGACCUUGGGUGAGUCUCUGCACAGGGGUGAAUUUCACCCUGUAAGGAGACGUUUCUAACAGUUCAUGACCAUGGAGGAACAUUCUCCCUAGUCACUAGAUAGGAAUCAGAUGGGGAUUAGGAAGGGAAUUUAAGACUUUUGUUUAAAAGACAUUGUUCCCCUGCCCAGUGAUCUAAUGGAGAGCUGAGUCAGUACAAGGAGCUGAUACAUACUCCAUCCAAGUGAUUGGGCAACAAAAUGGCAAAUUAAAUUUAAUGUGGAUAAAUGUAAAGUAAUGCACAUUGGAAAAAAUAACCCCAACUAUACAUACAAUAAGAUGGGGGCU